AUGACUAUCGCAAAAAACGACCCGGCUGUCAAUCAAGCCUUUCUACUCUAUCCCGGAGGUUCAUUCGGAUAUGAGGAACGGGAUGUGCCUGCUCUGCGCUCAGAACGAGAUGUUAUUGUUCGAGUGAUCGCAACGGGUCUUUGCGGAUCAGAUGUACACUACUGGCAACACGGCCGCAUAGGAAGAUAUGUCGUCGAAGGCCCCAUCGUCCUUGGCCACGAAUCAUCCGGAAUAGUGGUCAAAAGUGGAAGCCGAUCAGGCCUGACUGUGGGCGAUCGCGUCGCACUCGAGCCCGGUAUUGCAUGCAACACCUGCUGCAAUUGUCGCGCUGGUCGGUACAAUCUCUGCCCGGAGAUGCGUUUCGCCGCGACACCUCCAUACGACGGAACGUUGGCCACAUACUAUCGUCUUCCCGCGGAGUGCUGUUAUAAGCUGCCGGACCAUGUAUCACUGCGAGACGGUGCGCUGAUUGAGCCCCUUAGUGUUGCCGUUCACGCCUGUCGGUUGGCGGGGGAUAUGCAAGAAAAGUCGGUUAUUGUCUUUGGCGCAGGGCCCGUCGGCUUACUCUGCGCCGGGGUCGCACGUGCAUUUGGCGCCUCAACAGUCGUUGUGGUGGAUGUUGUGUCCGCUCGGUUGCAAUCUGCCCACAAGUAUGGCGCAACGCACACGCAUCAGACUGUGGCAGAGUCUGCCGAACAGAACGCACAUGAUAUAUUAGAUACAGCAGGUUUAGAUCUAGGAGCUGAUGUUGUCCUUGAUGCAACCGGUGCCGAGCCGUGCAUGAACUGCGGUGUCCAUGCCCUCGCCGGUGGGGGUACAUAUGUUCAGGUGGGCCUGGGACGACCAAAUCCAUCCAUCCCGGUCGGUCAAAUAUGUGACAAGGAAAUUGUGUUCAAGGGAAGCUUCCGAUAUGGACCAGGUGAUUAUGAGACGGCUGUUGGACUCCUUAACUCCCAGCGCAUUCGACUGGGUAGUUUAGUUACGCACGAGUUCUCUUUCUCGCGGGCAGAAGAGGCAUUCCAGAACGUCGCCAGUCGACAAGGCAUCAAGAGUGUCAUCUACGGGCCUGGCGUAGACGAACAAAUAGCCAACUCCACGUUACCACUGUCUAAUUAA